ACUGCACACUUGAAUUACGCGGCCUGGGAGUCGGACUGGACUGUAUUAACUCUCUUGAACACCAGCUCAAGCUUGCCCACUUUCCAAAUGAUCAUGCCUGAUAUGGACUCACUCGCCCAUCCUCAGGAGAGGCGGUUUAACCCUUACACAGAAAACGGCGGUACAAUCCUUGCUAUUGCUGGUGCAGAUUUCACUGUUAUUGCUGGCGACACACGACAGAGCGAAGGAUAUUCAAUCCAAACGCGAUACGCACCAAAAGUAUUUAGAUUAACCGAUCGCGCGGUGCUGGCUGUGAACGGGUUCGCAGCUGAUGGCAAUAUGUUUGUGAAGAAGGUGAAACAACGUCUAGAGUGGUACCGUCAUGCGCAUGCGAAAGAUAUGCCUCUACGGGCCAUAGCAAGAUUAAUUCAAACAAUGCUUUAUGCACGUCGCUUCUUUCCCUAUUAUGUAUACAACAUUUUGGGUGGCAUCGAGGAGGAUGGUACUGGUGCCGUGUAUUCGUUCGACCCCGUGGGCUCGUAUGAACGAGAGGCCUGCCGUGCUGCAGGCGCUGCUCAGUCAUUAGUCCAGCCAUUCCUAGACAAUCAGAUCUACUUCAAGAACCAACAAGCUGCACAGGGGACCUCACAUCCGUCGCAUCUCCCGCUGGAAAUUGUCUUGUCGAUAGUUAUCGACUCCUUCACGAGCGCGACUGAGCGUCACAUUGAAGUCGGUGAUGGCCUUGAAAUCUUCAUCGCGCUAGCCAAAGGACGGACUCUGCAGGGUAUGGAAAGCGUUCGGGGUCUGCAAGAGUUAACCGUGACAGAAGAUGGCGAACGCUUGUUUGUCAUGAGGAGGGAUUUGAAGAAAGAUUAAAUCGCUUGUAUUCUGGACAACUUUCCCUCACUGAAUAUAUUUUGUCGUUGUCGCAGCCUGGUCGAUACGUUCUUUGAUAUAUAGAAUACAAAAGGAAACACUGAAGUGGUCAUUAUUAAAUACUAUGCAGUGAUUCCAUUUAGCUAGUACGCAAUUAGUAUGUGUAAGAUUUU